AUGAAGGUGCUCACGGACUACCUACGGAGGAUCCAAGGAGAAGCCAGAAGCAUGGCGGGAAAGGCCUUAAAAAAAUCUUCCCUCCCUGGGGUGAGCAUCCGGCAGCUGGUGGAAGAGAUCCCAGAAGGCUGCAGCACACCAGACUUUGUGCAGAAGCCUGUCACCUUGGCUCUGCAGGAAGGAAAAAAUGCCAUCUUUCGGGCAGUGGUCUGUGGGGAUCCCAAACCUGAGGUGCACUGGCAGAAUGCCAAAGGAGAGCUGCACAACUCCAGCAAGUACCAGAUCUCUUCUGCCCCUGGUAGCAAGGAGCACGUGCUACAGAUCAACAAGCUGACCGGAGAGGACUCAGACCUGUACCGCUGCACAGCGUUGAACAUGUAUGGAGAAGCCAUGUGCUCAGUCAGGCUCACAGUCAUCGAAGUUGGCUUUCGGAAGAACCGGAAGAGGCAAAAGGAACCCCAGGAAGACCUCAGAAAGGAGUUGGUGGACUUGAGGAAGAUGCUGAAAAAAAGGGCCCCACCUCCAGCCCCUGAGAAAAAGAUGGAGUCAGAUCAGGUAUGGCAGCUUCUGAUGACCGCAGACCGGAAGGACUAUGAGAAGAUCUGCAUGAAGUACGGCAUUGUGGACUUCCGGGGCAUGCUGCGUAAGCUGCAGGAGAUGAAGAAGGAGCAAGAGGACAAGAUGGCGCAGUACGUCAGUGCCGUCUCCAACCUGAGACAUAUCAGAGUCACCAAGGAGGGAGUUGCCACAUUUGACCUGGAGCUGGAUCUCAAGGACCUUCAGAGCAAGAUUUAUUUGUAUAAGGAUGGUGAGAUGGUCCCCUUCGGCUUCGACAAUCAGACCAAACACUGUCUGCGGCGUCUGGGGAAACGCUACCAAUUCCAGAUCCAGGACCUGCGGCCCGAGGAUGCCGGCCUGUACCAGGUCAUGGUGGAGGAUGUCGUGGUCUUCUCCACUGAGCUCGAGGCCCGCACCAUCCCCCCCAGAGUGGUGGUCCCUCUGGCUGAGGCCCGCUGUGAGGAGCAGGGAGAUGCAGUUUUUGAAUGUACUCUCUCCAACCCCUGCCCCAACGCUACCUGGCGUUUCCAGCAUCGGCCAUUGAAGCCCAGUGACAAAUACGAAGUCUCUGUGUCCCCUGAUGGGCUGACUCACCGGCUGGUGGUGAGAGGGGCCUGUAUCCCAGACAAGGGCCUCUAUUCACUGGAUACUGGGCUCUACAUCUCCAGUGCCUGGCUGGUGAUUGAAGCUGGGACAGAUAAAGACCCUCAGACCACACGUGCUGACCACCGGCUACAGACACAAGCUGCUGAGACAUCAGCAGAAGACUCCGGGGAUAUUAGUGGCAAGGGAAGAAAACUCAGAGAGCAGGGUCCCACGAAGGAGCCCUUUGGGGGGCCUGGACUUGCCUCUGGGCUCCAGCUCACAGUGGACCCAGACAGGGAUGGCUUUGGCAGGCAUAGCGACUCCCUGAUGGGGAACGGAAGGGGCACUGACACAGCCUGGGGACUUGGGCUGGAGAGAAAGGGCUUUCUAGAAGCAGGAGACAGGGGGGACAAUGCCCCCCAUGGAAGCCCCUAUCGACAGGGAGAGGGCUCAGAAUCAGAGAGAGACCUGGGCUUCAUGGAAAGGCAACUUCAAGGUUAUGGCAGAGACCACGACGGGGACAGAAGCCAGGGCACCGCAGCAGGAGGUUGGGAAGCUGGGUCCAAUCACUCGCAGGCUGGAGAACUGGGGAGCAGCUUGGAAGGAAAGGAAUCCAGAAAGGGCAAUGGCAGCCAUCUGGGCAGACAUGGUCAGGACCAAGCUGGAAUAAGAAAGAGGGCUCUGCGGGGAUCCCGGGCUGAUCCUGAGGGGAGCUGGCUGGAGCGGGAAGGGAAGGGGAUGUUCCAGGACAGCCGUGAGGAUGAGAUGGAAGGGGAGGACGGGCUGAGAACGGAGAGGGGUGGAGGACCCGCCAGGGAAGGGUGUGCCAGUGUGGUCAGCUUGGGGGAAGCUGGAGGCAGCAGCUCUUCUGAGCUUCUUGGAGGAAGAGGUUCCAGCAACCAGGCAGGCAUGAGCCCUGAGUCCUGUGGCUCUCAGGGAGGUAGAGAAGAUGGUCAUGGAAAAGCCAGGGGCUAUUGGGAGUUAGGGGAAUGUCCAGGACAGACAUCUGGAAACAGAAAUCUUUUGGGGAGCAGAGGUCUUGAGGUCACAGGUAAGGGAUCUCUGCCCGGGGCAGAUCAGCAAGGCGCUGGGACUGUAGGUAGAGAAAGGAGUUACACAACUGGCCCUGGAGGCCCAGGAGAGCUCAGGGAAUGGGAAGGCGGCCUGCAAGGGAUCCAGGGGAAAUAUGGCCAGGACACAGCUGGGGCCUUGGGCAGAACAGGGGUUGGCUCCCCAAACCUCCAGUCUCCCCAGAGCUGGACAGCACAGCAGAAGGGACAGGGGGACCCCAGCAGAAUAGAGUCUGAAAGCACAGGUCCUUGGGAUGACUCGUGGUCCAGCCUCAGGGGGACUGGGACCCACUUUGGGACCAGGAUGAGACCCCCUGGUGGAGAAGAGAGCAUGGACAAUGCCCAGGUGGACGCUGCUAUGGACUCUGGUCAGGGAAGAGAAGCCAGAAGCUACGGGCUAGUCAGGUCUUCAGGCCUGGGGACUCCGAGAUCUGAUGGGACACUAGGAGACAGGGAAGGUAUAAGAGAUCCAGGGGCAGUUGGGUCUGGACUGGAUUUCUGGAAUGGGACAGGGAGCUCCAGAGGAGAAGGAUUUAGAGGAGAGACCAGCCAUCAGCGUGGCUUAGGAGGGCCAGGGGGCGUGGAAUCUGUAUAUGGAGAUGGCAAAGGCUAUUCUAGGGGAACAGGUCCUGGCAAUGGGGCCUAUUAUGGCGACGGCUCAGUGCUGCCAGCAGAAGCAGGGUCUGCUCAUGCAGGGAGUGAGGCAGGCUACAGGGGUGGCUUGGAGCAUUCUGGGGGCGUUUUGUCACGGAAUGAGGUGGACGUUAAGGGUGGCACUGGGAUAGCUGGGGGAAGAGGGUCAGAGAGUGAGUUUGGUCAUAAAGGAGGCUCAGGCCGAUCUGGGGAAACAGAAGGUGGAAUGCACUAUGGAGAUGGCCCAGGGAAGAUUGGAGGAGCCGGCUCACUGGCCAGAAUGAAGCAUGAGGCUGACCCCAGAAACCACAAGAUGGUGGAACCUGAGACUGGAUACUGGGCAGCAUCAGUGGGUCCCACAAGCUCCCAAGGUGGUCCAGAGAAGAGCAGGGGCAGGGGGUUUGCGGAUGGGACUGGAGCGGGGAUGGGCUCUGGGGUAGCCGGGAUGCUGGGUGCUGCAGACGGUGCAGCACUCGGGGACAGCUCUGUGGGCCCAGGGUGGGGCACUACGAGUAGUCAUGAGGGUUACGGAACCUCAGGGAUCCACGAAGCCUUGGGGGCUAUGAGUUCCCGGGGUUCUGGGAUCCCAGGGGCUCCUAGAGACAGCGGGACAGCCAGGGGAGAGGAUGGCUCUGCAGGUCAGGCAGGAACUCUGGGGUCAUCUAGCCUUCUUGAUGGCAGGGGUGCAGCAGAGGGUGAGGCACAGGCAGGGAUCGCGGCUCCAGAGUCUGAGCAGAAGCGGAACUUUAAGGAGGCAGGCUCAGGGCCAACAUGCAGGAGUAGAGUUGCUAGCCAGGGGGGACUGGCACCUCAGGAUGCUGGGGACUCACUGCUGGGAGACAGAAGGAUGGGAGCAGGUUCUGGAAGCACACCGAGGGCAGGUCAGAUUGUGGAUAGCAGCUCCAUUCCAGGGGGUAGCAGCAAGUCAGUAUCAGGGCCCGAUGAGAUACAAGGGAUGAGCCAUGCUUGGGCCCCAGGCUGGGAAGACCAGGGGUUUCCUGGAGGCAGCACUGGGGCUGUGAACCAGCUCUCAGGCUCCAGUUCUCUGCAGAAGAACAAUGCCUCCUUCAGGGGAACCAGCAAGGGGCCUGGAGGCUCAGGGGGUGGAGGAGACGCAGGUCAGGAGGCUGCUGGUGGAUGUCAAGGCCCAGGCCCCACUGAAUGGGCGGAUGGCAUCACCCCAGAACCUAGGGGUUCAGGACCACAGGGAGCCUGUAAAGGCUUAGACAGUCAAUUUGGCAGAACAGGCUCUGGAGGAAGAUCAGGAGGAAUUCAGGGCUCACAUUCCCAUCUGAGCAAAGGACAGGAAGGAGAGAAGCCCCUCAGAGAGCAAGGUGCCUGGGUGGAUGAGAACGGGAAAGGUCCCUGGGCCUUAAAAGAGUAUGGGGGACGGGCAACAGAGGAGUCUGGCAGGUCAGGCAGGAGGCCUGGCCCCUACAGGAACAGGUGGUGUCAGGCACAGUCGAGAGGCGAGUCUGGGGCAGCUGAGACUGGUGGUGAGGACGGAGGUCACCUCAGGGAGACUUGGAGUGAAGAUGGGAGCCGGGGACCCCACAGACAUCUUGACAGCCGGAGAGGUGCCAAAGAGGACGGACAUGAUGCCUAUGGCAAGGGGAAGGAUGCCAGCCAGAGCCCCAGAUCCAGAUACAAAACCAGCCCUGGCAGUUCUUCUACACAGGCCCGAGGCCCCAUGAGCCACUUCUCUCAGGGCCUGGCUGACACAGAGGUACAGCAGGGGGAGACUGCCACGCUCUCCUGUACCCUCGCUCGCGACCUGGGACCCGGCACCUGGUUUAAGGACGGAGUCAAGCUCACUGCCCAGGAUGGGAUCAUCUUUGAGCAAGAUGGGCUUGUGCACAGACUCCUCCUCGCCCACGUGCAGGGGACCCAGGCGGGGAAGUACACCUUUGUCGCCGGUGAUGAACAGAGUGAGGCCACCCUGACAGUCCAGGAUCCUCCCACCAUCGCUCGGGAUGUGACAGAGAAGCUGAGGGAGCCACUGCUAGUCAAGGCUGGGAAGCCGGUGGCUGUCAAGAUCCCCUUCCAGAGCCGCCUCCCUGUCCAGGCUGCCUGGAGGAAGGAUGGGGCCGAGGUGGUGGGCAUGGGUCGGAGGGGAGCGCAGGUGGCCCUGGGUGAUGGCUUUACCCGGCUGUGCCUCCCCAGCGUGGGCCGGAUGGACAGUGGCCAGUACGGCGUGACGCUGAGGAGCGAGGGUGGCUCUGUACAGGCGGAGUUCAUCCUGCAGGUCACAGACAAGCCUCAGCCCCCACAAGGCCCCCUGGAGGUGCAGCAUGACCAGGGCGCUGGUGUCCGCCUCUCCUGGCGGCCCCCCCGGGAUGACGGGGGCUGCACUGUGGAUCGCUACGUGGUGGAGAGGCGGCAGGCCGGGAGGAGCACCUGGCUGGCGGUGGCCGAGCUCCCUGCCCACAGCACCUCCUUCACUGACACCCGCGUGGAGCAGGGCAGAAAGUACGCCUUCCGAGUGCGGGCUGUGAGCUCAGAGGGACCUGGGGAGGCCCUGGAGUCUGAGGAGGUGUUGGUGGCUCCCGAUGCUGUCCCAGGGCCUCCCUCCACUCCAGCCAUCCUGUCAGCCUCCAGCCAGAGUAUCACUCUCACCUGGAUAGCUCCUCGGGGCCCGGGCAGCGCCCACAUCCUGGGCUACCUGGUUGAGAAACGCAAGAAGGGGAGCAGCACGUGGACAGCAGUGAAUGACCAGCCCAUGCCUGAAAGGAAGUGCACAGUGACAGACCUGCGGCAGGGCUGCCAGUAUGAGUUCCGGGUCACAGCCGUGGCUCCUUCAGGCCCUGGAGAGCCUGGUCCUCCAUCGGAUGCUGUCUUUGCUCGGGACCCCAUGAGACCGCCAGGGCCUGUGCGGGAUCUCCAGGUCAUAGACACAUCGAAUACCAGCAUCACCUUGAGCUGGGUGGGGCCAGACACUACGGAUGGAGACCGAGCUCAGGGAUAUGUGGUAGAGCUGUGUGUCUCUGACAGUCUCCAGUGGAGCCCAUGCCACACAGGCACUGUGCCAGGCCCCACCUUCACAGCCAAGGGGCUCCGGCCCCAAGAGAGCUAUUUCGUGCGUGUGACAGCAGUUAAUGAUGGAGGCUGCAGCCAGCCCACGGCCCUGGAUACAUUAGUGAAUGCCAUGCCUGUUACUGUCUGUCCCAGGUUCCUCCUGGACGCUAGCACAAAGGACUCACUAACCUUCAAAGCUGGGGACACCAUUCGAGUUCCUGUUUCUUUUGAAGCUGCCCCCAUGCCUGAGGUGAGCUGGCUGAAGGACAGCCUGCCCUUACCCAAAAGAAGCGUGACCACUAGCAAGGAUGGUCUCACCCAGCUUCUGAUUCCCGCAGCCAGCCCCUCGGACAGCGGCCGUUACACGGUGGUGCUGCGCAGCCUUCAGGGGAAGGAGGUUGUCUAUAGCUUCUUCAUCAGGGUGGCAGCAUGUCCUCAGGCCCCAGGGCCCAUCUACCUGCAGGAGAACGUGCCCGGGACAGUGACGGUGCAGUGGGAACCAUCUCCGGACGAGGCCCAGGACACACCCUUGCACUACACAGUGCUGGUGCGCUCCUCCACCCACAGCGCCUGGCGGGAGGUGGCUGACCGGGUCCACACCAACCACUUCACUCUCCUGGGAGUCCUUCCGGGUCACGAGUACCACUUCCGGGUGAUAGCCAAGAAUGACCUGGGGGCCAGCCUACCCUCAGACACCAGCCAGCCCUGGUUCCUCUCCCGGCAGCGAGACAAGUUCACCGUGAAGGCUCCGAGCUACCGCGAACCCGACUUGAACCAGAAGCCUAGGUUCCUGGUGGGUCUGCGGCCCCACCUGCUACCUCCAGGCUGUGAGUGCCGCAUGACCUGUGCCGUGCAGGGGACCCCCCGGCCUCGGGUCACCUGGUUCAAGAAUGGCCAGAGCCUGGACGGAAACCGUGCGCUGUACAGCACUGACAUGCUGGGCGUGUGCUCCCUCAUCAUCCCCAGCGUCUCCCCGGAGGACAGUGGCAGGUACAAGGCGGUGGCGGAGAACCCGUUGGGCCAGGCUAUCAGUACCGCCACCCUCAUUGUCACAGGGAAGUGUCCACAGGAGGCGUCGGAGAGAGGGUGGACACUGGCUGCUGGCCAGAAGAGACAUGACCAUGAUGAGAGCCAGGACAUAGACCUAGACAAUCACAAGUCGCUCAGCAUGCUCGGGGUCUUCGUGGGAAGAACAGCAGAUGACAGACAACUGAGGGAGACUCCUUAA